AUGAAACAAUCAAGUCAUUUACCACCUGAGUUAUGGAACCAAAUAUGUCAAAACUUGACGAUAAAGGACGUUUGUGCACUGCGAUUAAGCUGUCGUGCCUGGAUGCUUCGGACCUACGGCUAUUUCGCCGACCAGGUUUUCCAUGACUUUUACCUUGCACUCACCAGCGAUGGCUUACGUGCAUUGGUGUACGUGGCUGGUCACGAAGUUUUUAGCAAACAUGUCAAGAGACUUUGGGUUAUGCCCAGCCUCUUUGGCGGAGACUAUACAUGGAAACUUGAUGAUAUGAAGCGACAAGUUGAAUUGCAGCAGAGGGAAGGUCAAUGUUGUCGACCUCAUACAUUUCGUUUUACGCUCCGGUCUCCUUGCCAUGAAAGGGACGGGCCACAAAGCUCAAUCGAUCAUCGUCUUGCUUCGCGGUCAAAGUUGUCGAUAGAAGAUCGCUAUAUGGUUUACAAGGAUGCAGUAGUCGACCACUUCCAGGUCCUGCUGUCAUCUUCGGACACUCCAUCCACCGGACAGUCACGUUUCAGAGAUACGUUGGACAGUUGCCUGCCUUCUUUAUCGAAUCUCCGUGCUGUCGGACUGAGAAAUUCUGCCGGUCACUCAAAUGACAGGACAAGCAGGAGAUACCCGAUGGUUGUACGAGGGACAGGUAGCUUGCGAAACCAACUUGGUUUCGAUCCGGUCCAACCAAACGUUUCACCAAAUGCUUUGCCAUACUGUGCUCGCAGCAGCUCCUGCCGAGGGAGUUUGUUUCAGUCUCAUGUUUUCUCUACGCUGCUGGCAGCCCUGGGCACGACCCAUACCCAUGUUGCAGGAAUCGAGACUUCUGGUGGGAUCAUGGUGGAUGACGGGCUGUCACUUACGCCGUUAGAAGAAGAGCUCUUGACACCAAUCCUUACACAUCUGCAGACGCUGUCUGUUCGCAUCUCGUCCGCUCAUACUCAGGACAAUGAGCGGCAGCUUUUACGUGAAGAUGAAGAGAAAUCGACCCUUCUUCUCCGGGAUUCAGGGAUCUGGGAAGAAAUGAAAAAUCGCCUCGAGACAGACAACAAUCGACUACUGCCACUCCUUGCUCAGGCAACUCCCGGCAUAAAGAAUCUGAAUCUCACCAUGCGUGCCCCCGGUCUAACUUUACCCAAGCUUCAACAUGAUUCCAAAAACUUUGAUCUGCCAGACGCACACUUCGACUGGAUUUCUGAAAACUUCAAGUUCUGCCGCCUCACAAAAUUGUCGCUGGGCGACAUCAUAACCACUGUACCAUUGCUCAAACAUUUUCUGCAGACGAGCCUACACACCUUGAGGUAUCUGAACUUUGACCUCCUUGCCUUGACAAGUGAAACAGAAACCUCGAUUCCUCGAGACGGGGAGCUUAAAGACGAGGGCCAGCGGGUCUGGCGAGAGGUAUUUGAGUAUCUACGGGAUCACUCUAAGAUACAACACCUCAGCAUCAACUUUUUGGGUUACCAAAACAAAAGGAUACUUUUUAGAGACCCUAUCAACGAUGUACCAUCAAAGCAUCCAAGAUAUUCAACCAGCAUGUGUUACGACAAAUCGCAUGACAAAAGCUCUUUGGGGGAGUGGAUCGACCAACUCGAGUUUCGGACAGAGCAUUAG